AUGAACUGUUCAGCUGUGGCAAGCCCUGUUUUGUGGCAGAAGGACUGUGUGAAGGGUCCGGAGGUAUGGUGUCAGAGUGUUCGGACAGCAUCGCAGUGUGGAGCAGUGAAACACUGCCAGCAGAAUGUCUGGAACAAGCCUGCUGUAAACAGUAUCCCCUGUGAUUUGUGUAAGGAACUUGUGACAGUGGCUGGCAAGGUUUUGAAGGAUAAUGGCACCGAGGAUGAGAUCCGCUCUUACUUGGAAAAGACAUGCGAGUUUAUUCCUGACCAAGGCCUGGUGUCCGAGUGCAAAGAAAUCGUGGAUUCCUACUUACCAGUUAUCAUGGAUAUGAUCAAAGAAGAGCUAGAUAAACCUGAAGUUGUGUGUAGUGCCCUGGCACUGUGUCAGUCCCUUCAGAAGCACCUUGCAGCAAUGAAACUUCAGAAGCAACUCCAGUCCAAUAAGAUACCAGAGCUGGACUUCUCUGAACUGGCAUCCCCAUUCAUGGCUAACGUGCCUCUUCUCCUUUACCCUCAGGACAAACCCAAGCAGAAAUCUAAGGGAAGUGGGGAUGUAUGCCAAGAUUGCAUUCAGCUGGUUACUGAUGUUCAGGAAGCUGUGAGGACAAACUCGUCUUUUGUGAAGUCUUUAGUUGCUCAUGCCAAGGAGGAGUGUGACCGUUUGGGACCUGGAAUGUCUGAUAUGUGCAAGAACUAUAUCUCCGAGUAUUCUGACUUAGCUAUCCAAAUGAUGAUGCACAUGAAGGAUCAGCAACCAAAGGACAUUUGUGCCAUGGUUGGAUUCUGUCCUUCUGUGAAGUCUGUUCCGCUUCAGACUCUGGUGCCAGCUCAAGUGGUUCAUGAAGUGAAAAUGGAAACUGUGGAGAAACCCUCAGUUCAAGAGAAGACUUUUUCCUUGUGUGAACUGUGUGAGACCAUGGUGAAAGAAGUGACUGGCCUCUUGGAGAGCAACAAGACAGAGGAGGAGAUUGUACAUGAAAUGGAGAUGAUCUGCUACCUGUUCCCAGGAAGUGUAAAAGACCAGUGUAAGGACUUCAUAGAUGUAUAUGGCCAGGCUCUGAUUGACAUGCUCUUGGAGGCAACAAGUCCUGAAGCUGUGUGUGUUACGCUGAAGUGCUGUGCAGCCAACAAGCCUCCACAACAGCCAGUUGUAGUGAAACCUGCAGGUGGCUUCUGUGAUAUCUGCAAGAUGGUAGUAGCUUAUGCAGACAAAGAACUAGAGAAGAAUGCUACGACAGCUGAAAUUGAGGCUUUACUGGAAAAAGUCUGUCACUUCCUGCCGGAGUCUGUCAGUGAUCAGUGUGUUCAGUUUGUGGAACAGUAUGAACCUGUGGUUGUGCAACUCUUGGCAGAGGUGAUGGAUCCCACUUUUGUUUGCACUAAACUUGGAGUCUGUGGAUCAGCUAAACAGCCUCUCCUGGGGGAUGAUGCUUGUGUCUGGGGUCCAGGUUACUGGUGUAAGAACAUGGACACUGCUGCUCAGUGCAACGCUGUUGAUCACUGCAAACGUCACGUGUGGAACUAGAAGAAGAAUUUCCAGUUCUGAAAGUUUGCCAUAGCUCUUAAAAAUGUGGGCUGAGAUUGGCAGAGAGCUGUAUCUCAGAUGUCCCUCCUCUCUGCCUCAUUAACAAUUUGACCUUCAAGUUCCUUUAUUGUAACUCUUCUGUAGCAGUGCUGCCGUUGAAGGAUCAGAUCUUUAUUGUUGACUUAACAAAGAUAUUUCUGAUUGUACAGUUUAACUCAUUAUGCUCCUAAAAAUAGUUGGUGUGUUGUAGAUUUUUAGUUGGUAGGCCAAAGUGUUUUUUAAGUGCUGGGAAGAAUGGUAGAGAAGUUGAAAUGAGACAAGACUAUUAUCUUUUAAUUUAAACAAGAAUAAGAUAGCAAC